AUGAAUCUGGCAAACUUCUCGUUUUAUCCGGGCAUGUGCACCAUGACUGCAGACACCCAGACUUCUCCCACAGAGGCCUCCAGCCCAAUGGGCAGCUCCUCCAACAUGUCCAUGGACUCCCCAGGAUCUGAUAGGAUAAAGGAAGGGGUUCUCAUAAAGUCUGAGCCCAAGGGAAGCUGCAGUCCAGAGGUGGAUGGUCAUACUGGGCACUCAGAGGAACACACCCAGACAUCAGGUGGACGGAGGAGAAAGCGCCCAGUGCAGAGGGGCAAACCACCUUAUAGCUACAUAGCCCUCAUUGCCAUGGCCAUAGCUAAUUCACCGGAGAGGAAGCUCACCUUGGGGGGCAUCUACAAAUUCAUUAUGGAGAGGUUCCCCUUCUACAGAGAGAACUCUAAGAAAUGGCAGAAUUCCAUAAGGCACAACCUGACUCUUAAUGACUGUUUUGUAAAGAUCCCCAGGGAACCUGGACACCCGGGCAAGGGCAACUACUGGACCUUGGACCCAGCAGCAGAAGACAUGUUUGACAAUGGUAGUUUCCUGAGGAGGAGGAAGAGGUUUAAAAGGACAGAUAUAACCACCUACCCCGGGUACAUGCAGAACACCAGCGCAUUUACACCUACUCCUGCUGUGAGACCUCCUUAUCCAAACAGUCUUUACUCCAGCGUGGGCUCUGGCUAUAAUCACCAGAUACACACAACUCCUCACCACCCAGCCAUGGUCCAUCACUACCAGGCACCCGGAGGGUCUGCCCAGGGCCAGCACAGGAUGUUCAGCAUUGACAGCCUGAUUAGCCAGCAGUCUGUUAUGGCGCCUUCCCCAGGCUCAGAGCUAAACCACCACACGCUGGGUAUCAAUGGGGAUCUUGGGACCAUGAACAGCUGCUCUGUAGGAGACCUCUCUUGCUUCCCGGCUCAGUCUAUCAGCCCCAAUGGGGUAGGUUCCUUAUUAAACAGGUCAUCCAAUGCUCUGCCAACCAAUCUGACUUAUUCUUAUCCCUCAUCUCCUCCCCACAUGCCAGGGACCCAGAGCAGCUACUCCCCCAAUAAUUCCCAGGUAUAUGGCUCCUCCAACAGACUGACAAUGAGGCCUGGAACCUGCAUAGACCAUACUGACCAGCUUCUCUCUCUGCAAGCCCCCCAGAUGAAUGGAGUCUGUCAGUUUAGCAAUAACUCAUAUGUGAGACAAACUAACUUUGCCCCAGGACUUGAGCGGUACAUGUAG